AUGUCUACCUUCCUAUUGCCCGUUCGUGUUUGUGAGACUAUUGAGAAGCUUUUUAAUCGCUAUUGGUGGGGAGGAGGUGGCGCAGGAACUAGGGGGAUACACUGGAUGAGCUGGAAUCAGUUAUGUGAACCAAAGUCUAAGGGCGGUUUGGGAUUCCGAAAACUACAUGUGUUCAACGUGGCUCUCCUUGCAAAACAAGGGUGGCGGCUUUUGAUCCAUCCAGAAUCGUUGGUCAAUAAAAUGUUGAAGGACAAGUAUUACCCUAGCUGUGACUUCAUGGAGGCAUCGGCAGGGAGUAAUCCUAGCUACAUUUGGCGUAGCAAUUUUAGCGGGGCAACAAGUGCUAAAACUGGGAAUGACCCGUAG